AUGACCGAAGUACGGAGAGGACGACUGCUAAAGGCGUCUCUGAUCCAGAUGUUAGUGAUCGUAUUUCGAAGAAUGGAAGCCGAUUCCUCUACUGUCCCAAUUCAACCUAUUGUCGUGGCUGAAUUGAUGGACCCGGUCGAGAAAUCCGACGCAGACGGGUCAAUGACGCAGUUUGUGCAGGGUUUUAUCACAAAAAUCAUGCAGGAUAUCGACGGGGUUCUGAAUCCGGUGAUGCCUGGUAAGAGUUCGUUGGGUGGCCAUGAUGGUGCAUUUGAGACGACGGCCGUUGAGACCACAAAUCCUACGGAUUUGUUGGACUCCACGGAUAAAGAUAUGUUGGACGCAAAGUAUUGGGAAAUCAGUAUGUAUAAGACAGCACUGGAGGGGAGGAAAGGGGAGUUGGCGGAUGGGGAAGGAGAGAGAGACGAUGACUUGGAGGUUCAGAUUGGAAAUAAGUUGAGGAGGGAUGCAUUUUUGGUCUUCAGGGCGCUUUGCAAGUUGUCCAUGAAGACUCCGCCUAAGGACGCCUUGGCAGAUCCGCAAUUGAUGAAAGGGAAGAUUGUGGCUCUCGAGCUGCUGAAGAUUUUGUUGGAGAAUGCUGGGGCUGUCUUUAGGACCAGCGAAAGGUUUUUAGGUGCUAUCAAGCAAUAUUUGUGCCUAUCCUUGUUGAAGAACAGUGCUUCUGCUCUUAUGAUUGUUUUCCAGCUUUCUUGCUCCAUUUUUAUUAGUCUGGUAUCGAGAUUUCGAGCUGGAUUAAAAGCAGAGAUUGGCGUCUUUUUCCCUAUGAUUGUUCUUAGAGUCUUGGAAAACGUUGCUCAACCUAAUUUUCAACAGAAGAUGAUAGUGCUUCGGUUUUUAGAGAAGCUUUGUGUUGAUUCACAAAUCUUAGUUGAUAUCUUUAUUAACUAUGAUUGUGAUGUCAAUUCAUCAAAUAUAUUUGAGAGAAUGGUCAAUGGUCUCCUUAAAACCGCUCAAGGUGUCCCUCCUGGUACAGCUACUACAUUGUUGCCUCCUCAGGAAGCAACCAUGAAGCUUGAAGCCAUGAAGUGUUUGGUGGCUGUUUUGAGAUCAAUGGGAGACUGGAUGAACAAGCAGUUGCGCAUUCCAGAUCCUCAUUCUACAAAGAAACUUGAAGCAGAUGAGAACAAUCCUGAACCUGGGACUCUUCCCUUAGCAAAUGGGAAUGGAGAUGACUCUGUGGAAGCAUCAGAUUCCCAUUCUGAAGCCUCCGGUGAAAGUUCUGAUGCUUUGACAAUUGAGCAACGCCGGGCUUACAAGCUUGAGCUUCAGGAAGGUAUAUCUCUUUUUAAUCGGAAACCUAAGAAAGGAAUCGAAUUCCUAAUCAAUGCAAACAAGGUGGGCAAUUCACCAGAGGAGAUAGCAGCUUUUCUCAAAAAUGCAUCUGGUUUGAACAAAACUUUGAUCGGUGAUUAUCUAGGAGAAAGAGAAGAUGUAUCACUGAAAGUGAUGCAUGCCUAUGUGGACUCUUUUGACUUUCAAGGCUUGGAGUUUGAUGAGGCAAUCCGGAUCUUUCUUCAAGGAUUUAGAUUGCCUGGUGAGGCACAAAAGAUUGAUCGAAUCAUGGAAAAGUUUGCUGAGCGUUACUGCAAAUGUAAUCCUAAGGCUUUUAUUAGUGCAGACACUGCAUAUGUUCUUGCUUAUUCUGUCAUUAUGCUCAAUACUGAUGCCCAUAAUCCCAUGGUUAAGAACAAGAUGUCAGCUGACGACUUCAUUAGAAACAACCGUGGGAUAGAUGAUGGAAAAGAUUUACCUGAGGAUUACCUAAGAUCAUUGUUUGAUCGUAUAGCAAGAAAUGAGAUUAAAAUGAAGGAGGAUGAUUUGGCUCCCCAACAAAGGCAAUCAUUGAGCUCAAACAGAAUAUUAGGCUUGGAUAGUAUCUUGAAUAUUGUGAUUCGUAAGCGGGGUGAAGAUGCGCAUAUGGAGACCAGCGAUGAUCUUAUCAGGCACAUGCAAGAACAAUUUAAAGAAAAGGCUCGCAAAUCCGAGUCAGUUUACUAUGCAGCAACAGAUGUUGUUAUACUCAGAUUCAUGAUUGAGGUCUGUUGGGCCCCUAUGUUGGCUGCCUUCAGUGUGCCACUUGAUCAAAGUGAUGAUGAAGUGGUGAUAUCCCUGUGCCUUGAAGGUUUCCAGUGUGCCAUCCAUGUUACAUCUGUAAUGUCCAUGAAGACUCAUAGAGAUGCUUUUGUGACCUCGUUAGCAAAGUUCACUUCCCUCCACUCUCCUGCUGAUAUCAAGCAGAAAAACAUAGAUGCCAUUAAGGCAAUAGUUAAACUUGCAGAUGAAGAGGGUAACUAUUUACAAGAAGCUUGGGAGCAUAUUCUGACAUGUGUUUCCCGGUUUGAGCAUCUUCAUCUUUUGGGUGAAGGUGCUCCUCCAGAUGCUACUUUCUUUGCCUUUCCUCAGACCGAGUCAGAAAAAUCAAAACAAUCUAAAUCAAUGGUUCUUCCAGUUCUAAAAAAGAAGGGACCUGGGAGGAUUCAGUAUGCAGCUGCUGCUGUGAUGAGGGGUUCAUAUGAUAGUGCUGGUAUUGGGGGAAAUGCUUCUGGGGUGGUUACAUCUGAGCAGAUGAACAACUUAGUUUCAAACUUAAACAUGUUAGAACAAGUUGGUGAAAUGAAUCGCAUAUUUACUAGGAGUCAGAAAUUAAACAGUGAAGCAAUAGUAGACUUUGUUAGAGCUCUCUGCAAGGUUUCAAUGGAGGAAUUGCGAUCUCCAUCUGAUCCACGGUGUUUCAGCCUAACAAAGAUUGUGAGAUUACACUAUAACAUGAAUCGCAUAAGGCUUGUGUGGACAAGCAUCUGGCACGUUCUCUCAGAUUUCUUUGUGACUAUUGGUUGUUCUGAAAACCUUUCAAUUGCAAUAUUUGCAAUGGAUUCUUUACGGCAGUUAUCAAUGAAAUUCUUGGAGCGAGAGGAGUUGGCUAAUUAUAACUUUCAGAAUGAGUUUAUGAAGCCUUUUGUCAUUGUAAUGCGUAAGAGUAGUGCAGUUGAGAUCAGAGAAUUGAUUAUUAGAUGUGUCUCUCAGAUGGUUUUAUCUCGGGUCAACAAUGUCAAGUCAGGAUGGAAGAGCAUGUUCAUGGUCUUCACUACAGCAGCUUAUGAUGAUCAUAAAAAUAUUGUGCUAUUGGCCUUUGAAAUAAUUGAGAAGAUUAUCAGAGACUACUUCCCGUACAUCACAGAGACUGAAACAACUACUUUCACAGAUUGUGUAAAUUGCCUAAUAGCAUUCACCAAUAGUAGAUUCAACAAAGACAUUAGCCUCAAUGCCAUUGCUUUUCUUCGCUUUUGUGCCACAAAACUUGCAGAAGGGGAUCUUGGCUCCUCAUCAAGGAAUAAGGACAAAGAAGCUUCUGUAAAGAAUCCUCCAUCUCCUCAAGGAGGAAAAAGUGGAAAACUCGAUAAUGGAGAGCUUGUGGAUAAGGAUGACCAUCUAUAUUUCUGGUUCCCUCUGUUAGCUGGCUUAUCAGAGCUUAGCUUUGACCCUAGACCGGAAAUCAGAAAGAGUGCAUUGCAAGUUCUGUUUGAUACUUUGCGGAACCAUGGUCACCUCUUCUCACUGACUUUAUGGGAGCGAGUGUUUGAGUCUGUUUUAUUUCCUAUAUUUGACUAUGUUCGACAUGCUAUUGACCCUUCUGGGGAGGACUCAGUGGAGCAAGGGAGCUAUGGUGACACAGAUGAACUUGAUCAAGAUGCGUGGCUCUAUGAGACAUGCACGUUGGCCCUGCAACUGGUUGUUGAUCUCUUUGUUAAGUUUUAUAGCACUGUCAAUCCACUUUUGAAGAAGGUGCUGACUCUACUUGUAAGUUUCAUUAAGCGUCCUCAUCAGAGUCUUGCUGGUAUAGGGAUUGCUGCAUUUGUUCGUUUGAUGAGCAAUGCUGGUGAUUUGUUUUCCGAGGAGAAGUGGCUAGAAGUGGUCUCCUCGUUAAAAGAAGCCGCUAAUGCCACAUGUCCAGAUUUCUCUUAUAUUCUUGGUGGCGAUGACAUAAGUAGAAGUGUUUUGAAUGAACAAAAUAUUGGAGAGCCUGUUGGUUCUGGUGCACUAGAUGAUGAUUCGGAGAGCUUGAGGGCACAGCAUGUUUAUGCUUCCAUAUCUGAUGCAAAAUGCAGAGCUGCAGUUCAACUUUUGUUAAUUCAGGCAGUGAUGGAAAUCUACAACAUGUACCGGACUUAUCUUUCAUCAAAGAAUACAUUGGUACUCUUUGAUGCUUUGCAUGAUGUGGCAUCACAUGCUCACAAGGUCAACAGUAACAUUAUAUUACGAUCAAAGCUUCAGGAAUUAGGUUCCAUGACCCAAAUGCAAGACCCUCCACUACUUCGCCUUGAAAACGAGUCUUAUCAAAUCUGUCUCACAUUCUUAAGGAAUCUUAUAUUAGAUGGGUCUCACAAUUACGAAGAGGACGAAGUGGAGCCCUGCCUUAUUGAUCUUUGCCAGGAAGUGUUACGGUUAUACAUUGAAACAUCUAGCUCUGGACGAGUAUCUGAAUCAUCUCCAAAUGGGCAAAAAUCCAAUUGGCGGAUUCCAUUGGGUUCUGGAAAACGAAGGGAACUGGCUUCGCGAGCACCUCUAGUUGUUGCAACCCUCCAGGCUAUUUGUAGUUUGGGAGAUACCUCAUUUGAGAAGAACGUAGCUCACUUCUUCCCUCUUCUAGCAAGCUUGAUUAGUUGUGAACAUGGGUCAAAUGAGGUCCAGUUGGCUCUCAGCGAGAUGCUAAGCAUGUCAGUGGGUCCUGUACUGCUCCGAUCAUGUUGAUCCUAGAUAUUGGUAAGAUUGGUCUCCACAUUUUAGAUGUAUGAUAUUCCUUUUGUCUGACUCUUUUAAUUAUCCGUUUCCUUUUUAAUUAUAAUAUUUUUUACGGUAAGUAUAGAUUCAUAGUGUACGAAGAGUCUAGCUAUGGUUUUGGAUUCACUGUUGCUUCUGGGUGGUCGUUUAUUCAGGAGUGCGGCUUAUUUGUUCAGAAUUUAUAGGAUGUCAUCAGGAGUUUUUUGUUGUAUGCUAGUCAAAUGUUUCUCUGUUUUCUGAACAGCAUUUUUUUUGUAGAAAUUACACGUGAGGUGUGUAAUCAGGACGUAUGUAGUUUCUCUAAGAUUUCAUAUUCUUUCUUAGCCUACAAGUACUAAAUAUCCAUCAUCCAUAAGCUUCAGGAAAA